CUGGCGUGGCUUCACACACACACACUCAACGGCCAGUGCUGUUCCAACAGUUUUUUUUGAAGUGAGAAAGAGUGCACAUAUUGCGCAGUAGCUAGACGUAACAACGACACCUAGCGCCUCCUGUUCAGGCAUUCUGGGUGGUAGCGUUUGAACUGUUCUUGUUGCUCAGCUGAGACAGUGAGAGACUCGCGAGAGUGAGAGGUGACCCGCUUCCAUCUAGCGUUUAGUGAGCAGUUUCCUACACAUCCGUACCCAGUUUCUUGCUACUGGGAACUACUUUGUGCGCGUCCGACGAUCCGUUGCUCGCUGGACGGAACGUUCAACCGGCCAGGAGUGUUGCUGGUAUUUUGAAAGAUCUUGGCCGUUACGGAAUCUGCUGCUGACUUGUCGAUCUAACACGAUGAGAGAAUACAAGCUAGUUGUCCUUGGAGCGGGUGGUGUUGGAAAGAGUGCUCUGACGGUGCAGUUCGUCCAGGGCAUCUUUGUAGAGAAGUAUGAUCCGACAAUCGAAGACAGCUACCGCAAGCAGGUGGAGGUGGACGGCCAGCAAUGCAUGCUGGAGAUCCUAGACACAGCCGGUACGGAGCAGUUCACGGCCAUGCGCGACCUGUACAUGAAGAACGGCCAGGGCUUUGCUCUGGUCUACAGCAUUACCGCGCAGGCCACGUUCAACGACCUGACCGACCUGCGCGACCAGAUCGGCAGAGUGAAAGAUUCACAAGAAGUACCCAUGGUCCUCGUAGGAAACAAGUGUGACCUGGAAGACGAGAGAAUCGUCACCAAAGACCAAGGCUCGGGCAAGGCCAAGGAGUUUCACUGUAAUUUCAUUGAAACAUCAGCGAAAGCGAAAAUCAACGUAAUGGAGCUCUUCUUCGAUCUCGUACGCCAGAUCAACGCCAAGAGUCCCACAUCAGCCAAGAAGAAGAAGGGUGGAUGCGUGAUGCUGUAAGACAGAGGAACAUCCACAGCUUCUUAGUUGACGUGUCGGUGACCAUGAGGCGACAGAGAACAUUUCUAUGCUAGGCUUGACUUUCUUGUGCUAUUUGUAUCUGCUAUAGGGCGAAUGGUUGUACAUUAUUUUAUUUUUCUUGGCCAAUUUUUCCCCGUUUGUGCCAUUUUUUGUCGAACACAAUGUUGAUUGCUGGUGGUGCCGCCCCAGUCAAACUGUUGCCAGAAAAUAGUGCCCUUGUCUUCAAUGCUGUAUCCAGUGCCAGUCUGCAAGGUACCCCCAGGGCGAUGUUUGGACAUCACCCAGGGAACUUGCUCAAUCUAGAGCAAACACGUCUUGUACCAUUCACUGCUGGGCACGUUCUGCUUUCUGUAUCUUUCCGGUCCUCAAUUUCAUCUCUGCUUUGUUUUCUCUGUGAUGAUAGCGUAUCUAGCUGGCUGCUGUGCUAUAAUGCUAUGCUACCUAGUCCAGGGUGAUGACUCUCUGUGCAUGAUACAACAACUCUAGACUAGCUGUAUGCCCUUGGCCCGCGAGUUGGGCAACAAUAGCAAGCUGUACCACUGACCAAGGUCACAACAGAGCAAGCCUGGUGACGAUGAUGUACAUGUACAUGCAUCAUGUGUAUAAUAUUUUGUUCUAAUUAUUAUUAUCCUAUUCCAUCUUUGAUCCUACCAGGUGACUGCUCCAGGUUUACAACAGGUUAAGCCGUUUCAAUAAAAUCUUAUCCUAGUGAGAAAAA